CAUCUGUCGCCACCCCCACUGUUAGAGAGGAAAUUCGGGUGAUGGCCAGGGGUAGCCAAGGGCGGCCUUGAGGAAGCAGAAGGGUGAUCAGGGAGGAGCUUGUGGAACACGAAAGGGAACCGUGACUGCCGCUGUGGGCCGUGCCCUCCUGGGAACUAAAGAGGAAGGAGGGACAUUGACCAAGGAAGCCCGGGAUGCAAAGCCGGCUUCUGUGGUGGCAGGCCGCGGCGGGCCCCCUGCACCCUCCUGGCUGCCCCAUGGCUUCCCGGAUCCUGGGGUGGCUCCUGGUGCCCUGGACCUUGCAGCUGGCAGGGACUCACCUGGGCGGUAGCCGUCAGGGGCGUACCCACGGGGGCUCCACCCAGCACUCACAGCAGUUCAAGGAGCCUCAGACUCAUAAGGAGAACCGGAAAAGGAAGAACCCGGCAGCAGCGGGUGGUAGAUGGUCUUCCCACCAUGGCAGAGCAGGAGGGCAGUCAGUGACCCACACUGGCCUCCCCAUUGUGGCCUCCCUGGCCAACUCCGCCGUCUCCUUCACCUGCAAAAUCACCUACCAGUACACCCCCAAAUUCCAGCCCUUCACUGUCAGCUACUUCCACGUGGAUCUCCAGGGCAGGACCAGCAGGAAGCAGCCCACCGGCUGCCGACCCGCCUCGGGCACCGAGAACCAGACCUACACGCUGGACUGCAGAGUCACCCUCAGGCUGCCCAACGCCUCGGCCACAGGCUCCUACUACUGCUGCCUCCUCUGGCCAAGCUCCACCAUCACCGUCACUGGCAACAGUACCUUCAUCCUGGUCAGAGACACAGGGUACCGGGACCCCCCGCAGAGCGUCCAGAAGCCCCUGCUCUUCAGCUUCACCGGCCUCCUGACUGCCCUGGGCGUGCUGGGCACAGCUCUGCUGCUCUGGAAAAAGAAACAGAUGCUGGUUCCAGAAAAGCACACCACCAAGGAGCACCCGGAUCCAGGCUCGGCCAGCAGACCCACACAGGCUCCGGCUGAAUCCAUCUACACGGCCCUGGAGCACCCCGAGCCCGAGGUCUACGCCUACAUCGAGAGCGAGGCCAGCAGCCCACCCUCGGCCAGGAACCGCCCCUCCCAGGAGAAGCUGCGGAGGUUUGAGGACGACAGGGAAUUGAACCUGGUCUAUGAAAAUCUCUAGGCCAGGUUCUACCAGCCGUGGGGCUUGUCCUGGAUCAGAAGCCCAGGGUGUGGCCUUGACCUGAACCCAAGAACUUGACCUGAGUGAGGGCCCGCCCCAUGGCCUCAGCCUCACACCCGAGGCCCUCAUCCUGCACCCAGACAAGUGCUUCCCAUCUUCAGGUCCUUCCUGGGCUGUCCCAUCUCCCUCCCCUGCUGCAGCUGGCGAAGUGCUGCUCAGUCCCUGGGGGCUCGCUUGGACCCAGCCUCUUCCUGAAGGCCUCCUCACCCGCCCUGGCCUGCCCACAGAGCCGUGUGUGUGGCUCACCUGGUGCCAGCCGGCAUCUUGCUGCGCAGCCCAUGAGUCCUCCGAGAGAACACAGCGAGGGCCCCCAUCGGUGCUGAGCGCAAGCUCUGUUGGGGGGAGAGGUGAACACCCCACCUGCCCAGAGGAGGAGGCUGGCAUGGGAAGCAUGGGGCUCAAGACGGGGCUCAAUGGGCAGAUACGCAGGCUGAGGAUGUGCAAGCGGUUGUCGUCAGACUGGGGCCUGGAGCAGAAAGGGUCCUGUGCACGCUGUUGAGAAGGGGGUUCUGGUGUGUUAGGGUGCAGCAGAGGCCCAGCUGAGCAGGAGCUGGGUGAGUGGCCAGAGCUCUCCCCUCUCCCCGCGAGGCUCCCCGGGUUGUCUCCGUGGCCUGGCUCCUCCCUUCCACCCCAAGACCCUAUCCCCCAACGACCCUCUGUCUAGCAGGUCCUGAGCCCACCACCUGCAGCUCCAUCCAGCCUCCUCUGACUCCCGUCCUUGGCCCCAUUCCUGCCCCCUGUGUUGAGCCAGAUGGGACCCCGUGCCCACCCCGGCUGCCUCAGCCCUCCCCUUUCCCGGGGUAGUCCAGCUGCCUGGCGUGGUGCCUGGCCACCCUGGAUGGGCAGACGGUCUCUGUGUUGCGGUGGAGGCUGGGAGAACAGUGGCUCCCCAGGGCCUGACCCAGAGCCUGUCUGCUCCUCCGGGUGCUCAAGUGACUCCUCGUCUCACCCUGGAAGCAGCCCCGCAAGGUAGCUGAACCACUGUUCCCCAGGCAGGCGGGCUCAGGGUCACAUAGGCUGCCAUCUGUCCCCUCCCCCUGGGUCCUCCCCAGGCUCAGUCUUUCCUCACCUCCCAGGCUGCUCCAGAAGUCUCUAGGGUACCUCAAGGCCACUAUGAUAUCCCCAUGUAGGGUGGGGGACCCAAGCAGCCCUGGGCCACCAGCACUCGGUCAGCACCUCCUGCUCGGCAGGUCAGGUCCUCUGUGGGGGAAGGAAGGCUGAGGGUGGCCCUGAUGACCUCCAGAUGUCCCCAGGCACUCUGCUAGGUGGCACGGGGCCUCCCUGGGCCCACACGAUGGUCGUUGGCCUCCUGACUUGGUUCUAGGCCGCCCAGAGCAGGAUCACCAGGCUGGGCUGCGGAGGCUGAGUUUGGUGAGGUCCAAUCCUGUGGAGGGAGGGCAGCAGCCUCGCUCAGAGCCAGCUUCAGGCUCAGCCUCCAGCAGCCUGUGGUGGGGGUCAGGGGAGUGAAAACUGCAGCCAGCAGGACCAGAGGAGCCUCUUGGCCAGGCCUGCCUCCCCGCCUCCUGGGCCUCUCUGUCCUUGACCCCUGGACCUCCUGACUGGGACUUGGGCUUUUCCAGCCUUCUCCAGGGGAGUGAGGGGACCCUGGCAGGGACUUCAGUGUGCCCUGGCCCAGGCCCCCCAUCACAGCCCCCUGCAGUGGCCCUGCCCACGGUCUCUUCUACCCAGCAGCUCCAGGAUCCCUGCCCUGCUCAAAACCACCCCUGGUUCCCAUUUCACGUGGAAUAAAAUCCCGGCUCCUGUCUGUGGCCUGAGACAC